GUCGAGAUAACAGAUCAAGUUCGAGGUCAGGCAGAAGAGAGCCCGACAAGCCGUGCAAAAGGACGAACAAUGCCUCCGACCGGUACUGGAACAGCAAUCACCGCGACGACGACACUCACGACCGAACAAGACCAAAACAUUCGGCGUCCACACAUGACGGGAAAGAUGGCCAGUCGUUGCAGGAUAUGGAUAUCUCGCCAGACAGGAGUACACCGAUUUCGGAGAAUUCCUAUGGCGCUAGAGAAGCGAAUUGUGCAGCGCGAAAUAACACAGAGAAUUCGGUCCCUCCAGUCGUCGUACUUGAUAAUUCAAAUCAACCGAGUGGAUCGCUGCUUGCGGCGGCGCUACCGCGAAUCGUGGCAGCGCCGACGGUGACGAUGCCGGCGAACAACGGCGGCGGGUCUCCGCUCGGGAGCGGCGCCGACACGCCGCAGCGGGACGCCGGCCCGCCGACGCCCACGCACUCCGAGAACAUCGAUCCGCACGCGCCGCCGCUGCACCUCGAUGCAGCGCUGCCCAGGAAAAUGGAAUGCCUGGGCAGCUACUCGUCGGUGGUGGGCGGCGCGCUGCACCACGCCGCGCCCAUGCUCACGCCGUCGCUCGUCAACUACGUGCGCGCCGACCUCAUGGGCCACGUCACGGGCUGGGCGGCCGACAUACUGGAGAAACAGGCGAGCAAGUUCACGGAGGAGGCGUACCAGCUGGGCUGCCUGCAGUGCACGCGUGUGUCGGCCGAGCUCAAGUGCUCGCGCUCGGUGGUCCGCCACACCGAGAUACAAGCAACGUUACAGGAACAAAAGAUAAUGUACCUGCGCCAGCAGAUUUCACGGUUGGAGGAGCUCAAGUCGCAGAACUCUUUCAUGUCGGAGGACUAGGGCCCGCGCCCCGCGCCGCCGCCCCGCCCCCCGCGCUCGUGGGGGCACUUCACCCGUCAAUGCUAAACAUUGUUCAUUCCGUUCUUUUUCUAUGUAAUUUAGAUCGAAUGAUUACUGUUGUGUUGUGUGAUUUGAUGUUAAAUUUUAAGCAUUCAUUCUCGUAAGGUUCGCCGAAUUGGCCGAUCUUAUUUCUGUGUAGCGUAUCCGACGACUCUUGUGUGCGUGUGGUGUUUAAAUUUGUCUUUGUUAAAAUUAUUUGAAAAAUGUGCCUCGGAUUUAGUGAACAUUCGAAAAGAAUUGUAAAAGUCAAAUAAUCGAGCAAUAUGAAAACUGAGGGCUCAACUUGACAGUCCAUAACUGCCCCCCUAGACAAAACGCACUUUUUGAUCGAAUCGAAAAUCGAAUCCGUCAAAACUCCAUACAAAAAAGGGGCUUUUCGACCACUUUUCGACUGGUUUGCGAUUAUAAUUUGCACUUUGUCUAGACCCACUGAAUUAUUUGACUGACACAAAAUCUGAUUCCAACUUUCAUAAUUCUUUUGGAAUGUUCACCAAAUCCUAAGCACAUUUCUAUAGAGUUAACACACUGGCCCUCACACCACACACACAUGUUCUUGACGCCCAAGUGGAUUAGCUUCGUUUUGACUUUUCAUUUGUAUCUUUAUGCGAGUGGAUAUGGUAAUAAAAUUAUCGUUUGUAGGUAGGUUAAGUAGAGGCCCGCGGCCCGCCCGGGCGCGGCCGGCGCCGGCUUACAAUAAUUCGUAUUCUAUUACAGCGAGUUCACGAGAUGGUUUAUAGUGAUACUUUUCAUUGGUCAGUUGUAAGGGUACAGUGUUUUGUAAUGUGUUUAUUGUAAAGAUUUAAAUUAUUAAAUAAUACUUUCUUAGAAGUUUGUUUUUAUAUUAUGUAGUUGUUAUGUAAGCCAUUCAUUUUCAUUACAGUUAACUAAUAAUAAUAGCUAAUGUGUUAGCCACCACUGCCCGCGCGGGCAGAGCGGCGUUGUUCAUUGCAGACCUUCAUUUUUGACCAAUCGUUGUGUAAACUUUGUAAAGAACAGGUAUUUUUAAUAAUUAAUAUUAUUAUAGUAACCACAAAUUCAUGUAGUUAUAUUAGUUGAUUUUAUUAUAAAUCAUAUAAGCAUAAUAAUUAAUACGGAUCACAAUUACUUUGCAUGCUUUCGACUUGAGGGCGCAACACAAGAGAAGCCAAGGGAACUCUAUUUGUUACAAGUAACAUUAGCGAAUCAUUAGUUAGGUACGAGCUCCGGUCUAGGUCCUUCUAAUUUCUUUUUAAUAUUAUGUAAGCUAACAAUAAAACUGCUAUAUUUUGACACCGACCUGUAUAAAUUAACAGAAUUAAGUACUGUGAUAUUCAUUCACUUUCACAUGUAAUAAUAGUAAUAAAUAUACAUAUGUUUAAUGUUUAUGUACGAGUAGGUCUGUCUCUGUGUGGAGUUUAAAAUGUAAUUAUUUAGGUGCACGCUGUUUAUAAUUACACUUAUUUAUAUUGUUUAGGAUGUGCGUAAGGAUUGAAAGUCAUUGACUGACCGAAAGAAUUGGACCUACCAUCGAGAUUGGUAGAUUUUAGCUGGUUUACCGUCCACGUGACCUGUUGUGGCACAUAACUAUGGAUUUUUAAUUGUUUUAACUGGACAGUAAACCUGUUAAAAAUCAUCUUACAUUGUUUUGCAUUAUUUGUACGUUUUUUCCCAACAUGAUAUGGCUCUUUCGCCGCGUGGGACUUACAAAACAUUCUAGCUCCUCUACCCGCUUCGGACUUAAAAUGGGAGUGGGGUGGAUAUCUGGCUGCAUCUUGCUCUAGAUAUGAUUACCUAAAAGAUACUGAACAGUUUUUUAAUAUUCCUGCAGAAUUAGUUUGUUCAAAAACAAACUGGAUUUAAAAUGAAGUACUAACAUGCACUUCAGAUUGUAUAUUCUUCACAGGCUUUUCGAAAACUUUCAUAAGAGUGUCUGCAAGGAACUUCUAAGGAGCCGGUGUAGGCAGAUAGUUAUUCUUUCCAUGUAAGUGGCAACGAGCUAAAAUUUAGUCAUAGUGGACUGCAUGUGAUGACAGAGCCACGGGGCCCUGAAAGACGGAAUCACGCAAAGGUGGGACGACCCGACUCCAACCAAAUUACAGUAACUAAAGUGCUUCGUUUUAACGUUUCUGUUAAUGGCUAAAACGGUGCGAGGGCAGAGGGAGGAGUGCAUUUGAAACUUUUGUAUCUGAUUGAUGAUAAUGAGAUACAAUAUCCAACUCGGCCCCGCGCGGUGUAGACAGAAAACAGUUAAACGGCAGCCUAUUUUGUUUGUAAUUUACGAUGAUUGAAGACUGCCUCAUGUGUUCAGCAAACAGUCCGUUAACCGUCUUAUUAGUAUAAGUUCUUAUUGUUAUUACUUGCUUCUCGGGUUUAGGGAAUGACCCACAAUCCUUGCGCGCAUUAUUUAGGGCCCAAUUAUGCAGGUCUCUCAGUUAUAAGUUAUAGAGUGAGUGUGGCUGCAGCCGUGGCUUUGUUGUCUUGUAGUGUAGUGUUUCAGUGGGGACCUGUCACUUCCCCGCCGUAACCUUAGUGUAGUAAAUGUGAACAUAACGCGACAGCGCCCUCCGCGUCGCCUCCACACAGGGAACUCGCCAGUUAAUUUUUUUUCCAUGUUCUCCAUAAUCAUACUUUUGUUUUCCGAAAUUGUUCGAAAUACGAAGAUUUAACCUGUUUAAAUAAAUAAAUCAGUUUCAAUAAA